AUGGAGCGGCCCCAACCGGAGCCCGCGCCGGGCCCGGCUCUCAGUCCCGCUGGCGUGCGCGGUGGUACCGAGCGUCCCAGCCACCUCCUGGGCCUCCAGCUGGGAGCUCAUGGCCUCGUGGGGUCCCCGGAGCGCGCGGCCGCUUCGUCGCCGGUCACCAGCCUGACCCAGACCAUGCACAACCUCGCCGGGCUCGGCAGUGAGACUCCAAAGCAUCAGGCAGGCAGCCUGCUCUCAUGCUUGUCCCUGUCCAGGCGGCGGGCAUCUGAAUCCUCCCUGUCCUCCCAGUCCUCUGAAUCUUCUGAUGCAGGUCUGUGUAUGGAUUCUCCCAGCCCCAUGGACCCCAAGAUGGCAGAGCAGAUGUUUGAGCAGGCCAUCCAGGCAGCAAGCCGGGUCAUCCGAAAUGAGCAGUUUGCCAUUCGACGUUUCCAGUCCCUGCCGGUGAGGCUUCUGGGCCACAGCCCUGUGCUGCGGAACAUCACCAACUCCCAAGCACCUGGCCGCUGGAGGAAGAGCGAGGCAUGUGGCCGAGCUGCCCAAAGCUCUGAGGAGGACAAAGAGAAUGAUGGAUUUGUCUUCAAGAUGCCAUGGGAACCCCCACAUCCCAGCCAUGCCCAUGCUUUGGAAGAGUGGGCCGACCGCAGGGAAGCCUUUGCCCAGAGACCAAACUCAGCCCCUGACCUGAUGUGUCUCACCCCCGUGCGGAAGAUGGAAGUAGAGGAGCUGAGUCCCCCUGCCCGAUGCCGAUUCUCCCUGACUGCCACCCAGGGGGCCUCCGAGGAAGAUGAUGGAUUUGUGGACCUCCUGGAGAGCGACUUAAAGGAUGACAAGGCGGUACCCCCAGGCAUGGAGAGCCUCAUUAGCGCCCCACUGGUCAAGACCUCAGAAAAGGAGGAGGAGCAGGACCUCAUCAUGUACAGCAAAUGCCAGCGGCUCUUCCGCUCUCCGUCCAUGCCCUGCAGCGUGAUCCGACCCAUCCUCAAGAGGCUGGAGCGGCCCCACGACAGGGACCUGCCCACACAGAACAAGCGCAGGAGGAGCGUGACCCCUCCAGAGGAGCAGCAGGAGGCCGAGGAACCUAAAGCCCGUGUCCUCCGCUCCAAGUCCUUGUGUCAUGAUGAGAUUGAGACUAUCCUGGACAGUGACCAUCGGGAACUGAUUGGGGAUUACUCCAAGGCUUUCCUUCUGCAGACUGUGGAUGGAAAGCACCAAGAUCUCAAGUACAUCUCACCAGAAACGAUGGCAGCCUUGCUGGUGGGCAAGUUCAGCAACAUCGUGGAGAGGUUUGUGAUUGUGGACUGCAGGUACCCCUACGAGUACGAAGGCGGGCACAUCAAGACUGCCGUGAACCUGCCCCUGGAACGGGAUGCUGAGACCUUCCUGCUACAGAGCCCCAUCACACCCUGUAAUCUGGACAAGAGAAUCAUCCUCAUUUUCCACUGUGAAUUCUCAUCUGAGCGUGGUCCCCGCAUGUGCCGUUUCAUCAGAGAGCGCGACAGAGCUGCCAACGACUACCCCAGCCUCUACUAUCCUGAGAUGUAUAUCCUCAAGGGCGGCUAUAAGGAGUUCUUCCCCCAACACCCGACCUUCUGUGAGCCCCAGGACUACCGUCCCAUGAACCACGAAGACUUCAGGGACGAGCUGAAGACUUUCCGCCUCAAGACCCGCAGCUGGGCUGGGGAGCGGAGCCGGCGGGAGCUCUGCAGCCGCCUGCAGGAUCAGUGA